AUGAACUCCUAUUUCGAGCAGGGUGGCUUCUACGGGGCGCACGGGGUGCACCAGGGCGGCGGCGGUGGAGACCAGUACCGUGGGUUUCCACUGGGCUUAACCUAUGCCCAACCCCACGCGUUGCACCAGCCCAGACCGCAGGACUCACCUUACGACGCAUCCGUGGCGGCCGCUUGUAAAUUAUACGCUGGAGAACAGCAGUACGGCAAAGCGGACUGUUCGAAGGCCGGUGCUGAACAGCAGAACGGUUACGGAGGGAAGGAAGCGUGGGGAUCGGGUCUCGGGGCCUUGGUACGGCCCGCAGCGUGCACUCCGGAGGCGAGGUACAGCGAAUCCUCGAGUCCCGGAAGAGCUCUACCCUGGGGGAACCAGUGCGGCUUACCAGGUUCGGCAGCGGCGGCACAACCAGUUCAGCAUCAACCCACCAAUCACACGUUCUACCCCUGGAUGGCUAUUGCAGGUUAG